AUUCAAACCAAAAAAUGUAAAAAUGUUUUUUUUUUAAGCGCUCAAAACACGCAACAUCAGAAUUCACUUUCAUCAUUCAACAGAUGACGAAUAUGUCAUUAAGGACAUAAAAGAUUUCGUAUGCGUUUUACUUGUGUAAAGUGGAUUUCUCCUUCGUUGUUUUUUUAAAAACGGAUUUUCCGAAAGAGUGAAAGCCAUCCAGAGAGUGGUACCGAUAUAAGGCACAAAUAACCUGCGCAGUGUACCUACCGCAGUAUACCUUCUUGAUAAACAUUGGUUAAGGCUAUCUCUAAAGGCGAGCUUUUAAUUAAAAGGAACCGAACGCAGUCAUCGUAUCAUGAACAACUCCAGUCUUCCAAAUGUCGACCAGGGAUCGUGCUGGCUCUUUUCUUCUACAUUCUUCACAACGCUUUUGGUUGUGGUAAGCUUAGCAGCUUUCGUUGGCAACAUUCUUGUCGUUAUCGUGGUGUUCAAGACGCCAAUUCUUAGGACAAGUACUAACUUCUAUUAUGUCAACAUGGCCGUUUCUGAUUUUCUGGGCGCUCUCUUCACCUGGCCAGUGUAUCUUACUCACGAACUCAUAACAAGCAAGGGGAGCCUACUCCACGGUACUCUGGCUUCAGCUGGGUGCAAAACGGGCGCCUACAUAAGACUCCUGUCAUACUUGGUGUCUAUUCUAAGCAUGGUAUUAAUCGCGGUGGAGAGGUACAUCGCGAUAGUACAUCCCUUAAAAGUGAUCCUACUAACACGAAAAAAAAGAGCAGCCUUAAUAUUUGCAGCAUGGUUGAUACCGAUAACGUAUUCCGUGCCUCACAUCUUUUAUUUUGAGGUAGAAGAGGUUGAUCAGAUAGCCUUCUGUAGAUUUUCAUGGAAUCCUUUAGCGAUUAUGAUAUUUUAUGCUACUACCUUUCUCGUGUUUUUUGUUGUACCGUUAACAUCGAUCACUGUUCAUUACACUGUUAUUGUGCGCGCUCUGAAAAAAGCCAUACCAAGCGACGAUGCAAACCAAAAUAGUUUUCAAAAGAAGAGAUACAUGCACAGCCAAAACAUAAUGAGGUUACAUAAGUCAAUCGUGACAGUAUUUGUCGGUUGUUAUUUACUUUAUACCGUGUUCUUGAUCAUGAAAGCUACCGUCCCUAAGCUUUUUCUUAAAGACGAGUGCAAGUGGAUGCUGGGUAUUUUCUACUUCAUGCUUCCGUUGCUCAGUUCAACGGUCAACCCGUUUAUUUUGUUUCUAUUCAGUACUAAUUUCCGUCAAGCUUUACAGACAUUGUGUCCGUUUUCUUGUCCAAAAUUCUGCAUAAAAGUGAGAAGAGGGACGGUACGAAGUUACAGAGUAAGUUUUUCUCCUAAGGAAGCCACCGGAACAACAUGAAUAACACGUUACUCAUGAGGCACACUCACACACGAUCACAAAAAAGUUAGAAAGAAAAGAAAAAAAAACCGGAGAAUACAGAGUGUAAGUCUGAGUUCUUCUGAUAAGAUGAAGGUGAUGUGCGGUCGUUUCGCUAACGAACAGUUCGCUAACGCCUUGCCUUUCAUUGACUUCAAUCGAAUCGACUUUCAAUUUGUAUUGAAACGAC